AUGUCCUCGGUAGGUCAAGCAGAGGUCUUGCCUCUGCACAGACACGGACAUCCAGCAAGCGGAUCCAUAGCACAAUGGACAAGCACACUGCGCUCGUACCUCCGAAACCUCACCCGGCGGAUCUCGCCCUCGCGUGCCAUCCUCGCCUUCCUCUCAAUUGUUGCCUUCUAUGUCGUCGCCAACUCGCUCUCGUCCUCGUCCGAUUCAAAAUCAUCCAGCGGGAACAGGAGUGGCAGCAAUUUCAGCAACAACAAUGAAGAUCCGUCUAUGCUAGGGCUGUCAUUGAAGGAGAGAAAGAUCCAGCAGGAACGGGAGCGGAUGAUGCUCGAGUGGGACUCGCGCGCCAACUACCGGACAGAUCUCUCAGAAGUCGGACCCGGCCGCAUCAGCUCAUACCCAGCCAGUCUCUUCAAUUCCUUGUCAUCAUCAGAUCAACCCUCGACAUCAAAGUACGUUCCUGUCACGGCCGUGAUCCUCUCCUGGAAGCGCAAGGAGGGCACGAAGGCGGUCGUCGCCCACCUGCGACGAUACCCCUUCAUCCAAGAGAUCCUUAUCUGGAACAACAACCCCGAGAUCGAACUCUAUGCCGCCGACUUUGCGGAUCACGACAGCAACCUCAACACGACCAAGAACGUCUGGCCAUCCGUAACCGUCUUCAACUCGGUCGCGAACCUCCACGACUUCUCAAAGUACACGACCUGCUCUCUCGCCAAGUAUGACUACUGCUAUCUCCAGGACGACGACUGGAUCAACCUCUCGCUCGACUCGCUCUACACCGUCUUUGUGGACCAACCCGAGAGUCUCGUCACCAGCACCGUCCCGGCCAUGUACGCACAGCAACGGACCUGGAUGUUCCAGAACCCACAGUUUGAUCUCCACACAGGAUUCUCUUGGCUCGGCGCUGGCUCGUUCAUGCCUAAGAAGGCCAUUUUCAAGUUUCUAAUGCAACUUGGUGGAAGCAAUCUGUGGAAGGAGCGUGUUCAGCUCUCGGAUCUGUUCUUCUCGCUAUGGAGGAACCAGUAUCCCGUCGUUCUCAGUCAUGCUCUUGCACCACUAGAUCAGAGUUCGAGCUGGAGUGGCAGGAUCGAUCAAUGGAGCGUCGUCUAUGAGCACAUGACGGAUGCGAUGGUCCGUAUCACCACGGUAUUGUCUGGACUGGGAUUGGUACAGGGAUCGCCUCACCGAGCCGGGGCCAAGGCUGACUUUGCUGCAGAGGAAGAAAAACCACUCUUCAAGGAUCGCCACACCAGGUCGAGCUGUACAAACGACAAGUGCCUGUUCCAGACAGAUGUGGACAUGUUCCCAGCACCGGACUCGGUCAAAUGGCCGGCAGAUCCUUACGGCCGGGACAUCCACGCACAUGAGGCCCGCUUCAGAGCGUUGGACUACCCAAGCGCCGAAUUCGUGGCCAUGCAUACCUAUCACUACGCAGUUGAUCAGGAUCUCUCGACCUGCUGGCGCAGCUACCUUGCCCUGGGCAAGAGUAAUUACUUUGGCGUACAGUUUGUGCUUCCAGUCCUCGACUUGGGCGUGAACACCAAGUCGAUUGAAAUCUGGUCGACCCUGGCCUCGACACUUCAGGUUCUCCAAAACAGUGUGGUCAUUAAGGCCAGUGUCGAUGGCGAUGCAUGGAUGACAUGUUCAGGAGAGGCGGAACGGACACAGGGUUCGGUACGGUUUACGGAUGUAAAUUGCGCGGAUGAGGGAAAGAAGGUCGGACUCCAGCUAGAUACGCGGGGGAUCCAGUUUCUUCGUUUCGAGGUGAUCGAAAAGGCCGCCUCGCCGAUCGAAAUUUGCGGCAUGCGCAUCGGGGAUAUGUUGCUGUAG